GGUAACUUUUUACUUUUAGGGAGAAAGCAUCGCAGAGUUCCCUCACAUCCUCACGUUCGGUUUCGUCUAAAGCAGUUUCAGUUACCCCGUGGCCCAGUGCAGUCUGAAAAUAUUAAAUGAGAAACUCCAGAAGUAAAUUCAGAAGUUUUACAUUGCAUGCCGUUCUGAAUAGCCUGAUGAAAUCUUAUAGGGUCCCGCUCCGUCUCGUCUGGGACGUGGAUUAUCCCUUUAUUCAGCGUCUCCAUGCUACGUGCAACCUUCCUGUUAGUCACUUAGUUGCUAUCUUGGAUCAACUGUUGCGGUAUUGCAAUGUUUGUGUCCCAAAAUGCAAGAGUAAUGAUGCUGGCAAUUUGUGCCACAGAGAAGCCAUAAAGUGCUUCUUUUAAAUGAAAACGUAUGUAUGUAUAGGGAAAAACAUAGCGUAUAUAUAGGGUUCGAUACUGGCUAUUUCAGGAGUCCACUGGGGGUCUUGGAUGCCCCGUGGAUAAGGGGGCACUACUGUAUUAUCUAAUACAAAUAUUUUUCAAUAGUUAUAUCUCUCUUACCGAUUCUUUUAGAAAUAGAAAUUUUCUGUUUUUAAGUAUUUAAAGGAUUGGUGGAACUUUGAAUCAGCAUUAUUAAAGCUAUAGACCUUAAUAUGUGAAAUAGCCAAGUCCCUCAUAUUUGACGAUAAAAUAAAAUUCUGCCUCUCAACCUGUUUUCCCUCAUAAUUUGAGACUCAAUGUUCCUACUUAGACCACAAUGAAUGCCACAUCUCCAUGGGCCAUUGUCCAUUUUACAGGCCGGGUCCUGGGGACUCAAAAUUUCCACAAGGCAGGUCUUGGCAGUGCUUUUGACUUCAGUGUGACUUAACAGAGGAAUGGCUUUCAAAUGAAAUUUCAAAGUUCCACAGAAGCGAUUGCUCAAAGGAUGUAUGAUGCUGUUUUAAUCAGUUUCUAUAGAGUGAAAAUACUUCAAAUGUUGGGCUAUUAGUUGGGUUACAAGUGUCAUAUUUAGAAAAUUAAGAGUUGGUAUAAAUAGCUUGAAGGAGCUUAAUUAUUACAUCAAUAAUACAGGAUUUGAUUUAUAAGCGGCCUGUGUUACAUGCCAUGUAAGCUUCAUAGAGAAAAGAGAUGUAGAUAUUACCUUCAAGAAUAUUCUUGCUAAGAAUAUAUUAUCUGCUCUUAGUAUCUAAAAACUACGUUAUAGGUGGUCUUUAUGGAAUUUUUCAGCUGUAACCAUCAGAAAAUGGGCAUGUUUAGUAAUAUGAGCCCCGAUAAUUUCUGUAAUUCAUUGAACAGAAAUGCUUUACCAGUUAAUGUAUUUGUGCAUUAUUUGAAAUUUUGUUAGUAGAUCUUAAUAUGCUUGAAAAUUUUGUAGCAAAAAUUUUGUCUGAGAUUUUGCUAUUAGCUCCUCAUGGGUACUUUUUUCUUUCCUUCUCCCCUCCACCCCCAUUCUGCCUUUGAAUAGAGAAUUUACUUAAAAUUUUUCUCUUCUCCAGUAAUGUGGAAGAAAUGUCACCUGGUUUCCUGGUUCAUGGAAUAGCAAAUUCUGUUUAGAUUAGUGCCAGAUAUGUUAAGAUAUAUGACCGACUACUUGAUGAUUUGUACUGUCCUUUCCAGACCAUCACUGCUUAGUCCCGGGGGCCAGUACAGCUGAGCAGUGUGAGUGACAGGGUGUCAGGUAGUAUGUCGUAAUCACGCAAGUCAGUUAAUAAUUUUUAUGGUAUUAGAUUUGUAAGUUUGAAGAUCAUAACAGCCGUUUGAAAUCUCAGGAAGUAUUUAAAUAAAUUGCUUGCUUUAAAAUUGGUUAACUAGAAAAUACGUUCUUUGUUACCUGCUUACCAUAACACCCCAGAUGAGCCUCUAACCAUUGCUUUCUUCCUACUAUCCUAUCUAUUUUGGGGAUAGUUUAUAUCUGUUUCUUGUGAUUAAUAUAGUAAUUUUUAAGACAGUCUCAGUACAUAAAAAGUUUUAAAUAACUUGUUUCUUUGAAGUCUCAAAAUUAAUAUAUGGGUGUUAUUAUGUUUAUCUUAUGUUUAGGAUUGUAUGAAAAUGGAAAAUUACAAAACAUUUGUAGGCUUUGAUCUCUGUAAGAUACCACUUUCCAGUGUUGCUCAGAAGAUUAUGUCCGCUAUGCAUUCAGGUGAUUUAGUGGAGUCUAAGAAUUGGAGAGAGAGUGAAAAGACUGCGGAAGCGGUCAGCAAUCCCAGCGUUAAGUGUUCAGUUCCGCUUGGACACGGUAUGAAUCGGUCCCCGGAAAAGAAGAAUCUUAAUUCUUGUAUGAGCCAGGCAUCAAGAACUUCCAUCGAACCCUCUCCUCCGUCCUCCAGGACCACACUCACAGACCAGCUGCCUACCGACCCCAAACAGAACGUCAGCUCGUGGGCGCCUUCCAGUUGUUUAACUCGCCAGCAUAACCAAGAGGCUUCGGUUCCACAGAAAAUGGAACAUAAAAGGAAACAUCUCCUAAAAAUAUGUAUAAAUGAAAAUAAAGCAAGCAUGAGUCUUAAAAGAAAACAUAUUACCUUUAAUAAUUCAUUAGAGGAAGCAAGUAAACACACGGCAUUGGAAGAAGAUGCUGAUGAAGUUGAAGACUCCCUACAUUCUGGAAGUUCCAGAGCAUUCAAAAACCAUUUUUGUGAUACAAGGUAUUUGGACGAUCUGGAGAAAAGCCAGCUGAUUGAAAGGCUCAAACAGGCAGUCACCUUGGUGGUCACUCUGAUGUAUAAGGAUGGUUCAACCCAGCUAAGAGCUGACCAGACUCCAGAUUCCUCUGUUAAAGGGAUCGUGAUGUUGCUGCUGAGCCCCCCGGAAGGAGGCUGCGGGCCCCCAGGUGCCUCAGCCCUUGGCGGUGCGCUGGCGGGAGGCCUCACUGCCCGUGACUGCUUCAUCUACGUGAACACAGAGCACUCUUGCACAUGGGGCCGAGAACAAGAGGCACAGACUGAAUUCGCCAGGAAUGUGCUGUUGCAAUUGCUGACACGUAAGUGUCCUGUUAUUUGUUUCAAUGCGAAGGAUUUUGUGAGGACGGUGCUGCAGUUUUUUGGCGACGAUGGCUGUUGGAAGCGUGUUGCUGAUUUUGUGGGGCUAGACCCCAGAAUUGCUGCAUGGCUUAUAGAUCCUAGUGAGGCCGCACCCUCUUUUGAAGAUUUGGUGGCAAAAUACCUCGGAAACUCUGUCACUGCCGAAGCGAGCAGCGCGCACGGGAACGCCUCGGGCGACACGGUGAAUCAGAACAUAUGUGCGAACCUGAGGACACUCUACAGACUUACAAUGGACCUCUGUUCUCAGCUGAAGGUUUACGGUUUAUGGCAACUAUUUUGUACUUUGGAGCUUCCUCUGAUACCAAUUUUGGCAGUGAUGGAAAGCCACACCAUUCGGGUGAACAAGGAAGAGAUGCAGAGGGCCUCAGCACUUCUUGGGUCUCGUCUCAAGGAGCUGGAGCAGGAAGCCCACUUUGUUGCAGGAGAAGAGUUUCUCAUAAGGAGCAGUAAUCAGCUCCGAGAGGUCCUCUUCGGCAAGCUGAAGCUGCACCUGCUGAGUCCAGGACAGACCCUUCCCAGAACGGGGCCGCGGAGACCCCCAUCCACGUCCGAGGCUGUGUUAAAAGCUCUGCAAGACCUUCAUCCAUUACCCAAGAUAAUUUUGGAAUAUAGGCAGGUCCACAAGAUCAAGUCAACCUUUGUAGACGGACUACUUGCUUGCAUGAAAAAGGGCACCAUUUCCUCCACGUGGAACCAGACUGGAGCUGUGACCGGAAGGCUCUCGGCCAAGCACCCUAAUAUCCAAGGUAUCUCCAAGCACCCAAUUCAGAUCACUAAACCUCAAAAUUUUAAAGGGAAGGAGCGUGAAGUCCUCACCGUCUCCCCGAGGACCAUGUUCGUCUCCUCCGAAGGCCACAGCUUCCUAGCAGCAGACUUUUCACAGAUUGAGUUGCGGAUUCUUGCGCACUUAUCUGGGGACCCAGAACUUCUGAAGCUGUUCCAGGAAUCUGAGAGAGACGUGUUUUCCACCCUGACUUCGCAGUGGAGGGACGUCCCCGCAGAACGCAUGACGCACUCGGACAGAGAGCAGACCAAGAAGGUGGUGUACUCCGUGGUCUACGGGGCAGGGAAGGAGCGGCUUGCUGCUUGCCUUGGUGUUUCUGUUCAGGAAGCUGCCCAGUUUUUGGAGAGCUUUUUGCAGAAGUACAAGAAAAUCAAGGACUUCGCUCAAGCAACCAUUGCCCGGUGUCACCAGACAGGCUACGUGGAGUCCAUCAUGGGCAGAAGGAGACACCUGCCAAGGAUUCGUGAGCGGGACCCGCAGCUCCGGGCACAGGCAGAGCGACAGGCAGUAAACUUCGUGGUGCAAGGCUCGGCUGCAGACCUCUGCAAGAUGGCCAUGGUCCACAUCUUCGCUGCGGUGGCCUCUUCCCCAACCCUGACGGCCAGGUUGGUCGCCCAAAUUCACGACGAGCUGCUGUUCGAAGUGGAAGAUUCACAGAUUCCUGAGUUUGCAGCCCUGGUCAGGGAAACCAUGGAGGCCCUACGGCACGUGCGGGCCCUGAAGCUACAGCUGCAGGUACCCCUGAAGGUGAGCCUGAGUGCUGGCCGCUCCUGGGGACACUUGGUGCCACUGCAGGAGGCCCUGUGCCCUCAGCCGAGUCCACGUCCUGCUGAGUCUCCAGGCAACCACCCGGCCCCCGCUGGGCCCCUCAUCAGCACCCACCCCCCGCCUGUGCAUUUUUCGCCUUCAUUUUGUCCGUAG